AUGUCACAACCGACCCACGUUCCCGGCGCCUGCGCCUCCAUUCAGCUCGCUCCGACGCAAAUGGGCGGCCAAAUCGUCACUCUCAACUUCCCAACUGAGGGCGGCACAAUGUACCUUCCAGGUGGCCAAGCCAUUACUUUCGCCCCGAAAGACGCCCAAGUUCCUCCAUCUAAUCGGCAGGUCGCUCUUGUAGACGAAGAUGUUGCUCGAGCGUACGGCGUCUACGAGUCAGACUACUCUACUGCCUCCGAGUCGUCGGAUUCAGUGCUGACAGCUGUGGAGGACAAUGUUUCACCGGCUUCACCGGUUUCAACAGCUGGCGGCCACACUUCAGAGGCUGGUAGCAAUGUUUCCGAGGCUGAAGACGAGGUUUCAGAAGUUGAUACUGUCGAAAACCCUGACUCCCCGUCCCUCACGGAGACAGAGGCCAUUUUUGGGGAGGCCUUCAUGAGUGAUGACGAGUGGGAGGAAUACUAUACGUCAAAGGCUUACAAGCACAACAAUACAGAGGCUCCAGAGGGUAACGACCGCUCCUCGGCCUCGGACGAAGACAUUGAUCGAGUCAUCGACGUUACACAGAAUUCUUCUAGCGAAGACUCGGUCAUGGAAGACGCAGAUGACGCCUCGGACUCAUCCGAAGAUGCAGUCGUCGUGCCCGGCCGUAAGAGGGCUACUCAGCACAACACGCCAAAGUCCGUCGUGAAGGCACAUAAUCCACCUCCUGUCCAAUAUGACGGUCUCAACGAGGCAGGUGAGUUCGAAGGGUUGUCCGAUUCGGACGAGGACUCAGACGAGGACUCAGACAAGGACUCAGACGAGGACUCAGACAAGGACUCAGACGAGGACUCAGACAAGGACUCAGACGAGGACUCAGACAAGGACUCAGACGAGAAUCAUUCGGAGUACAUGCCUGACAAGGGUUCAGAUGAUGAAGGGGAUACACGUGCACCAAAACACCGUACACCUGUGGUCAACUAUGCGGAAGAACUUUCAGACGACGAAGAGAUGGAGGACGCGGAGGAUGACGCUGAGGAUGAUAAUGCUUCAGUCUCGUCAGAGACGUCCGAGAAGACCGUAGUUCCAGAGAAGCAUGCUCAAGAUGGUGUCGCUUUGGAUUAUGAUGAGGAUAUUGAUGAUGAUCCCGUGAUGCCCAACGGUCGGCGGGUGCGUGCUCGGUCCAACACCUCCAAACCUGUACCGGAUGUGGUCACUCCGUCCGGCUCAGAUUCUGAUGCACCCACCCUUGUCACAGCAGAUGCUGACCCCGUUAACGACGAGGCCUCGCCUGUUGAGCUCAACAUGGACAUCGACAUGGAAGAGGACUUCGACCAGUACGUUGAACAAAGCUACUUUGACCAGCUCGCUGGAAAGCGCCCACGGUCACCCUCUGAAUGGUCGUCAUUCAAAUGGACAUCGCAACGCGCCAUCGACGGGCGCUUCUCCGGAGCCGACCAAGGUCCGGGUAGUCCGUUUGCAAACUUUGAUCCAAGCAUCCCACGUGGGCCCAUGGACGUUCCAGGCAGCCCAUUUGCGAACCCCAGUCCCGAUGGGCGCGACAACGUCCAAGAGAUUGCCGGCGAAAUUGGGUUCAAGCGGCACUGGGGCCAACGUAUGCCAAACACGCCUACGCAAGAUAGGCUCCCGAUCCUGACUGAUGAGCCCGCUAGGUUCAAGCUUACAAAGGGUGAAUUGAAGAUGCAAGCCUUGCGCCGCAUGCACCGAUACGAUCCGCAGACUAUGGAGCAGUUUCUGGAGAUCCAGCCCAUUGUCGAGGCGAAGGAGUCCAGCGUGAAGUCGGAUAUGGCCCGCGAUGGGUCCAACGAGACGUCGGUUGAGGGGUGUUAUGAGCAUGAGAAUGCAGCCUUGGAGAGCAAUCACGGUAGGGAGUUUCAGGGAGUGAAGGGGUUUGAUCAACUGGAGGACAGUGAAGAGCACGGCUCCGCCGAACUUGAUGAGGAACUGUGA